AGCGUAUGGAACCAGGAAGAGAGAGAGAUCAUCAGGAGAUCGAGACACGCAUGGUCAUGUUUUUCUUCUGUUUUCAAUAGAAAACCGUUUUAAAAACCAUUGCAGCACAAUUAUAUAACGAUCGUGUGUUUAACGGUGUUCAACUCUAUUGACGUGUUUGUUGUUUUAAGUAAACGCUUUUGUAACACAGCUCAGUAACUCACUGACCAAGGUCACUAGUACCAGUGGAGUGGAUGUAGUGGGAGAUAAGCCUUAAUCAGCCCAUGCGAUUAUAGUAAGGUUAAAAGAAACACACGUGCUGUAAAUAUGGCUGGACUUGUAAACUUUGAAGAUGAGAAUGAAGUGAAGGAGUUUUUGGACAAUUUGGGAAUGGAGUACAGCUUCCAAUGCUAUAAAGAAAAGGAUCCUGAAGGGUGCGAAAGGCUUGCAGACUACAUGGAAGGUGUGAAGAAAAACUAUGAAUCUGCAGCACAGGUGCUCAAACAAAACUGUGAAACAAAUGGACACGGGGACAGCUGCUAUAAACUAGGAGCUUACCAUAUAACGGGCAAAGGUGGAGUGACCAAGUGUCUGAAAUCAGCCUAUUCCUGCUUUUUGCGUUCCUGCAAUUCCAAUGGAAAGAAGUCCAUAGAUGCCUGCCACAACGUUGGCCUGCUAGUCCAAGAUGGACGUGUUGGUGAAGAAGGACCCAACCUGACAUUAGCUCGGCAGUACUACGAGAAGGCCUGCACUGGUGGCUAUGCUCCUUCCUGCUUCAACCUCAGUACUAUGUUCAUUAAGGGCAAUACCAAAGGAUUGCCAACAGAUAUGAAGCAAGCUUUGAAUUAUUCUAACAGAGCUUGUGAGCUGGGACAUGUGUGGGCUUGCGUCAAUGCAAGUCGUAUGUACAAACUUGGGCAUGGGACUGAGAAGGAUGGCAAGAAAGCAGAGGAGCUUAAGAAUCGAGCAAAGGAGCUGCAUGGUUCAGAUAAGGAAAGGCAGCUCAAAUUUGGGGAAUGAUUAUGACACUUUAUUAAAUUAUCAUUGUUUUGGUUUUCCUAUAUCUGUGGUGUAAAGUCAGGUUGAUUAUGUAGAUAAGUAUGUGGGCAAAAACAUGCUCAAAGAUAGGAGAUAUGUUGUUUUAAAAAAGAUGAAUGUGUUUGCCUCAUUUGGAGUGUGUAGACUGUCGCAACCAGAGAGCAGUAUGGACCUGACAGUUUGAAGUGGUAGAUUUCAGCCAAAUGUAAAAAUGGUGUAAAUGAUAAAGCAAUAAAAUAAACUGGAUUCAUAAACCAUA